UCAUUCAAUUUGAGUCUUUUUCCCAAAAAUUACUUUUUGAGCUGUGGAAGACGACGAUGAUGAAUUUUCCUUUGAUCCGUGAAUUGUAGUGGGGCAAAGAGAGAGCCAGAGAGGGCAAGGGGGGGGGAUUGCUUUGCGGUGCAGUGCAACUGCAGGUAAAGAAAGGAUGCAGCAGCGAGCAGUCAAAAACUGUAGGAUCUAGCUGGGCAGUGGAUUUAGAUCUUGAUUGAUCAAGGAAAAAUUCCGAAGAAGCAGCAGGAGGAGCAAAGGCAUGGGAUUGAGUUGGGGAUGGGCAAUAUGGGAGGGGAUGGUGGCGGCGGGAUCGUUGGGGCUGCUGGGAUGGGCUGGACUCUGGUUCCUCAAUCGUCGGCUGUACAAGGAGUACGAGGAGAAGCGGGUGUUGGUCCAGAUCAUCUUCAGCAUCGUCUUCGCCUUUUCCUGCAAUCUACUCCAGCUCGUUCUCUUUGAGAUCAUUCCUCUCCUCUCCCGGGAGGCGAGAUGGUUGAACUGGAAGGUGGAUCUUUUCUGUUUGAUACUGCUACUCGUGUUCAUGUUGCCUUACUAUCACUGUUACUUGAUGCUCUGCAAUAGCGGUAUAAGGAAGGAACGGGCUGCCGUUGGAGCCAUUCUAUUCUUGCUGGCAUUUCUUUAUGCCUUCUGGCGCAUGGGCAUUCACUUUCCCAUGCCUUCUCCUGAUAAAGGCUUCUUCACUAUGGCUCAGCUAGUUAGUAGAAUUGGAGUUAUUGGGGUCACAGUCAUGGCUAUCCUUUCCGGGUUUGGAGCUGUGAAUUUGCCUUAUAGUUACUUGUCUCUUUUCAUCAGAGAGAUUGAAGAAGCAGAGAUCAAGGCCUUAGAAAGACAACUCAUGCAAUCAAUGGAGACCUGUAUAACAAAGAAAAAGAAAAUUAUACUUUGCCGGAUGGAAAUGGAGCGAAUUGAAGGGUCAAAAGAGAAUUUGAAGGCUAGAUCUUUAUUCAAACGAAUUGUUGGCACGGUUGUCCGCUCAGUGCAUGAAGACCAGACAGAGCAAGAUAUAAAAAACAUGGAGGCAGAGGUUCAAGCUUUAGAAGAGCUUUCAAAGCAGUUGUUUUUGGAAAUUUACGAGCUUCACCAGGCUAAGGAGGCUGCAGCUUAUUCUCGGACCUGGCAGGGCCAUAUGAAGAAUCUUCUUGGCUAUGCUUGUUCUGUCUAUUGUGUGUACAAAAUGAUUAAGUCUCUGCAAAGUGUCGUAUUCAAGGAGGCUGGUUCUGUAGACCCUGUCACUAUGACAAUUAGCAUAUUUUUGCAGUUAUUCGAUAUUGGAAUUAAUGUCGCUCUAUUAUCUCAGUACAUUUCUCUGCUGUUCAUCGGAAUGUUGAUUGUCAUAUCUGUAAGGGGAUUCCUAACAAACCUAAUGAAGUUCUUCUUUGCUGUUUCCAGAGUUGGAAGUGGAUCUUCGAGCAACGUUGUUCUCUUUCUGUCUGAGAUAAUGGGGAUGUAUUUUGUGUCUUCUAUUCUCUUGAUAAGGAAAAGCUUGGCCAAUGACUACAGGAUAAUAAUCACCGAUGUGCUGGGCGGCGAAAUUCAGUUUGACUUCUACCACAGGUGGUUCGAUGCAAUAUUUGUAGCUAGUGCUUUCCUCUCUCUGCUUCUGCUAUCUGCACAUUACACAUCACGGCAGGCUGACAAACACCCGAUUGAUUAGCAGUCUUCCACGGGGGCGAGUUAAGUUUUGAUGGAUACUGAUGGUAGGUAGUCGAUUAUCAAACAUAUUCACUGCCAAUGUUUGAGAGCGCAUGCUCCAACCUUUUGUAGGUGCCGAGAUGAUGUCGUGUCAUAAAGGUAUUCUUCUGGUCAGCAUGCAAUAAUGCCAUUGGUCCUGCAGAUGGUCUGGACAGGGUGAAAAGAUUGUUCUUGGUCGAUACGGUGGAGCGACUUUAAAAGUUUUAAACUCGAGUGACUGCAGGGAUAGUGUAUAUGCUUCUUGGAACUUUGUUGCCUCCAACUCCAAGGGUACCUACUAUACUAUGUGCAAUAGUAUAGUAGAUAUCGGGUAUUAUAGUGAAAGUAAAAAUAUUCUGUGGAUGGUUUAAUGUGAAUAGGAAGCAUAGCUGUGAAAUUGAGACGCGAGGUGGGGUUUGCUUUCUUUUUUCCUGUGAAGUAUUUUUAUUGACUGGUUGAUGCUAUCAUGGGAUCAGAGUAUGGGAUGGUUGACAGUGAGAUGGAUAAGAAUUGCUUUGCCUAA